ACAAUGUCGUAACCCGGAAGUUUACAUUUUGUUUUCGUGCCAUUUAUUUCCAAAAGAGACAUAGUUAUUUUAAUAGAUCCAUGAGUAUAGCUAAUACUUUACAACUAUUGCAAUAGUGCCUUGAUACAAAUAUGAGUUUAACAGUUACUUUGCUUAUUUUGUUUCAGAUGUACGAUUUACGUUUUUGCUAUCUUGAAAAUAAUAGGCCUAAUAUGGUUAUGGUUAUGAGUGAUGCAUUCGAUGGAAGACUGACCUUCAAAAACCAAGUGGUACAGCUGCCAUACAUAAAUUAUCUCCGUGAACUUGGUACAACCUUCCUGAACGCCUACAGUAACUCUCCCAUAUGCUGCCCUUCAAGAGCAGAGGGUUGUUUUAUGAUUGACAUUAAGUAAUGUGGAGUGGUCAGUAUGUACAUCGCACUGAGUCAUGGAACAACUUCAAGUGUCUUGAGGCCAAAUCAACAACGUGGAUGGACUUGUUGAGGGAAAGUGGAUAUACUACCAAAAUGAUAGGCAAGAUAGACUACAUCUCUGGAAGUCACUCUCUCAGUAAUCGCGUAGAGGCCUGGACACGAGAUGCUGAACUUCUUUUGAGUCAAGAGGGCCGCCCUGUUAUUGAUCUAGUUGGUAACAUGUCAACUGUGGAAAUACAGAGGACGGAUUGGCAGAACACAAGAAAGGCUAAACAAUGGAUUAUAAGGACUUCCCCCUCUGGCCAACCCUUUGCACUUUAUCUUGGUCUUAACUUACCCCACCCCUAUAAAACAGAAUCCCUUGGGCCCACAGCUGGGGGCUCUACUUUCCGCACUUCACCAUUCUGGUUAAGUAAGGUGGCUUCUGAUCAAAUCUCAGUUCCAAAAUGGCUUCCUUUUUCUGAUAUGCAUCCAGUUGACUAUUACUCUACCGUCACCAAAAAUUGCAGUAGUGUUUUUACAAAGGAGGAAAUAAUAAGGAUUCGUGCUUUUUACUAUGCCAUGUGUGCUGAGACAGAUGCUAUGCUUGGGGAGAUAAUUGCAUCACUAAGAGAAACUGGCGUGCUUAACAACACUAUUGUCAUCUUCACUGCCGAUCAUGGAGAGUUAGCCAUGGAGCACCGGCAGUUCUACAAAAUGUCCAUGUUUGAAGGCAGUGUUCAUAUUCCUCUCCUUUUCAUGGGGCCUGGCAUUAAAUCUGGUCUUCUGGUGGAUCAACUGGUGUCACUGGUCGACCUCUAUCCCUCUAUUCUAAAAAUUGCUGAUAUUUCAGCCCCAGCCAAUCUUAGUGGCUAUUCCCUUCUUCCUUUCAUGUCCAAGUCCCAUGGUUUCCACAAUCAUCAACACCCAGACUGGAUCUUUAGUGAAUAUCAUGGUUGUAAUGCUAAUGCUUCCACAUACAUGCUAAGAACUGGCCACUGGAAGUACAUCACAUAUUCAGAUGGUCAGCAGCUGCCACCACAGCUUUUUGAUUUAUCACAGGACCCAGAAGAGCUACAUAAUAUAAUUUUUAAAUUCCCAGAUGUGAGGGCACAUUUGGACAAAGUUUUAUGCAGUAUAGUAAGUUAUCCUUUGGUUUCUGACAGGGUCCAUGAAUAUAAUAAAAAAGCUUUUACGUCUUGGAGAAAUAGCCUUGGAGGAAAUUACAGCCAAGUCAUUGCAAAUCUCAGGUGGCAUACAGAUUGGCAGAAAGAUUCAAAAGCAAAUGAAAAAGCAAUUGAUCAGUGGAUAUAUGGCUUUAAAUAACUCUAUGGCACAGUAUUUAAGUAUUGCAAAGAUAUUUGUAAAGAUUUAAAAUAAAGAUAACAUUUAUUUGGAUACAAAAAUAAACUAUUUUCCUAAAUACCUUAA